AUGGCGUCGCGGUUCCCGCACUCCAACCUCCAUCAGCGCGACCCUCGCUCUUCCUCGUCGCUUUUUGAUUCGUACAGCGGCGGUGCCGGCGGCGGCGGUGAUCGAUCGCGUCCGUCGAGUAGGCAGCAACCGAGUGCAGGAGGAUACGGUGCAUACCCUGGAGCUGCCGGGGAUAGCAGCUAUGCGAAUGGCGGGCUGACCCCUGGAGCUGCCGGAUAUCGAGCAGCCACGCCAAACUCGAGGGGCCAUUAUUCCGAUGCCGUUCUGUCCGAACUCGAGUCGCAAAACGACAAUGAAGUCGAAGGAAUCUCCGCAAAAGUCAAAGCUCUAAAAGAGCUCACAGUAGCCAUCGGCGACGAAAUCCGUUCAUCUUCUAGUCUCGCCGAGUCCAUGAACGAAGCAUUCGACAGCACACGCGUCCGCCUGCGCGGAACUAUGAACCGGAUGCUGCUCAUGGCCGAGCGGACGGGCGUGAGCUGGCGUGUGUGGCUGCUGUUUUUCCUGGCUGUCUUUUUGCUGUUUUCUUACGUGUGGUUGUUUUAG